UCAGCGAUCGCUGGCAACUAGGUACGGUGUGCGAUCGAACAAGGGAACAAGGCUCAGUGCUCGUUUUCUUCUCGAACUCUAGAGACGGUGGUAUCGCUCGACGCAAUGGCUGCCUAUCCUGGUGUAUAUUUCAGUGUUAUCGUGUUGUGCCUGUGCUCACCGACCCGAGCGGGAUUGUUUCAAGAUUUUAAAUGUUAUUCCUGGUCGGAAGUGUGCCGUCUUAAAGAGGUGGUGCUGGAAAGUGAGAAGGAGAUCAAUACGGCAACCUUCAGCAACAUCCGCGAUCCGCUGGUGAUCGAGUCGGGAACUAUUCCCCAGUUUUCCGACGAGCUCUUCUCAAAACUUUCAGCCGUUUCGGAUCUAACGAUCGACAGGGUGGGCAUUAAGCAGCUGUUCGUUCGAUCGAGUUUGCUGCAUCUUUCGGCGGUGGGAAAUGCGAUCGACACGGUGGUGCUGGACUCCGAAGCGACUGUGUUCAGCAUGCUCACGCUGCACCUAUCGCACAACAAGCUAACAUCGUUACCGCCGCUCGAUCGCUUCGUCCGUUUGAUGACGCUGGUCGUGGACCACAAUCUGCUUACAUCCAUCGAUAUGGGCAGCUUCGGCCCGUUGUCGAAUUUGCGAGCGCUCUCGCUGGCACACAACCUUCUGCUGACGGUCACCUCUCCGCCCGACACACCGAUGCAGCUGAUCAAGCUCCGGCGGCUCUCGUUCGCUGGCAAUCAGCUCGCAAUGCUGGACAUCCGCACGUGGGAGCUGGACUCGCUGGAGGUGUUCAACGUAACCGGCAACAGCCUAACGCGAAUCGAAGGCAGCUUCACCAAGCUGCCGGUGCUGAGGCGGCUGGAACUCGCACGUAACCGGUGGUACUGCGAGUGGCUCAUGAUGCUGUACACCGAAACGGAGGCGGCACCAGGAGGGUUCAGGCUCGAUUCGGACGAACCAGACAGAUGCCGGGACGAGAACAUGAUAACUUCGCAUCACCACUGUUGCAACCCGGCCGGUGCCGAAGGAAGCGGGCUCGUCGACAUCUUCGGCGAAAAGUGGGACGAGCUAAAGCGUCUGUCCCGUCUGCUCGACACGCUCAACAGCACCGUGGCGAACGGGUCGGCAUCCGUGAACCGGGUACUCAACACCCAGAACGCAUCACUCUCCACGCAAAUCGCAAACAUCUCCGAAACGCAACGGGAGCAGACGGCGCAGCUUAGGGAGCUGGAAAGGGGCAUCGAUCGUUUGAAGGACAGGCUGACCGAUCUCCAGUCCGACCUGAAGGAGAAGGUGGAUCGGCUUAGCCUGGAGGUGAACGGUCGCUGGAACGAUACGAUCGCGGACGCUGGUGAGCUAUCGAACGCCACGCAAAUGACAACGGGCCCAACGAAUUGGCCGGCGGUCGCUUCCGAAAACGAGAAAAACCUCAGCCGACUGCGCGAGCUGCUUGUAACGACCACCAAACAGUUCAACGACUACGCGAGCAGAACGUUCGAGCAAGAGGCCUUGGUCAAGUCGCAGAGGGAACGAAUAGACACCGUCCAGCAGGAGCUGGACAAGGAACGCUCGAACGGGAAGCAGAUGCAGCAGCAGAUGGACAAACUGGUAAAGACCGUGGAUCUAAUUUACAACUUUUUGCGCGAAGUCCGGGAUGGUAGCGUGGAGAAACUAGACUAAUAAAGCACUCUUACUCUUAAUCUGUUCUUGCUUCACUCGGGGAGAGAGAGCAAGAGCGAGAGCGAGAA